UUGAUUUCCCAUAGAAUUGGGGUUUAGAAUUGAAAUUGGGGUCCCAAUUCCAAUUCUUCAGUUUGGACACCGGCAAUGCCAGAGAAUUAGAAUUCAAUUCGAAUUCUAUGGGCCAUCAAUUCCACAAAUUCAAUUCUUUGGUAAGACCUAAGAAUCACAAUUCCAAUUCCAUAAUUUCAUCUUCUAUUCGGGUUGGUACGCGGAUCCUAAGUGGAUUAAAUCAAUAAAACGGAUCUCCAUAUAAUUAACAAAAACAAAAUUGAAAAUGAAAGUCCUCCCCCCCUCUCUCUCUCUCUCGUCACAGGCCAACCACCGUUUCUUUGUAGCUCUUUCUUCUCCGCAUCUUCCUUCUCCGCCUCCUCAGUCCUCCCAUACUUCCUCCUCUGCCACCACCUAUACUUCCAUCUCUGACGCCUUGUCUCUCCUCUUACUCAUCUUCCUCCUCUGCCUUUUCCCAGCAUUGAACAUCUACUUUCAUUUACGCUGUUUGGGAAGACGAUACAGCUGCCGGAGGCUCCGUCUGCUGCGGUGGCUGCUUCCACAGCUCCAUCUAAUAAUAUUUCCACUGAUGAUACUUUAGUUCAAGAUCGUCCUUCUUCGCCGAAUUCUUAACCUGAAGACAGCAGCAAUCCGGAUAGAAGUGGAGCGGAGGAAGAAUCCGACAAGGAUCUCCUGGAACCUGAUGCAGCCCAUGCGGUCAAAAUGUUGUUGCCCGACUAUGUUAACGGGGACUUGUCAGCCCUGUGUGUAUGGCCUGAUCAACCAAUGCAUGUAGGCUUUACAAGUGAUGAAGGAGGAAACACCAUAAAUUUGCGCUGGUUUAGGCACAAAUCCAAUCUGCACCAUGUCUGGGACAGAGAGAUUAUUCUUACGGCUGCUGCAGAUUACUACGGGAAGGAAGUCGACCUCCUUGAGCAAGACAUAGAAAGUAACUUUACAGAUGGAAUCUGGUCUGACGAUCUUGACUCCUGGAGGGACUGCAGUGAUCUCCAUACCUGUGUAACCAAGUAUGCAGCAGAAAGCAUCAAUAUUGCUUGCAAAUGGGGUUACAAGGGAGUUGAGGCUGGAGAGACUCUCUCUGACGAUUACUUCAACUCUAGACUGCCCCUUACUUGGAUGAAGUUGAUGCUGAGGUGCGAAGAGUACAACAUGAGGUUGAUGAUGAAGAUGAAAUGGAAGAUGAAGAUGAGGAAAAUGGAAUGGAAGAUGAUGGUCCAAAUAAUGAUGGUGGUGUAAAUGCUGUUAACGAGAAUCGAAUUCGAACAGUACAACCAACUAGCGAGUGGACACAAUUUAGGAAUGCUUUAGCACGAGCAAUGUUUAUUGACUAUCAAAUUAGACAAGGCCAUCAUGGAAGUUGAAAUUUGAUAGGAAUUUAUUCGAACUUAAUUUCAUAUUAGAAUGGCCAUUUAUUGAAAAAUAGUAGCAAUGUAUAAUUGUGCUUUUUUUUUCUUUUUUUUUUGGCUAAAAACACUUUGUUUGCGUAUUCCUCUAUUUCUUGUAUUCCUAUAUUGAAAUUUCUUGUAAGAUACAAAACUCAAAUAUUUAUAAUAGGUACAAGUUAUGACUUUCCUCCCAAUUCAUAUCAUAGAGUAGGCUUUUGAUUUUCUAAAA